AUGAUUUGGCUGGCGCCUCUCCUCGUCGCCCUCUGGGCCGCGCCGACGGCGGCGGCCAAGGCGACACACGCAACCGCCCUGUACAAGCAAUUUUUCCCCGCCUGGGACGUAAUGCUCAAAGAGUAUCUAGAAACUGACUGCCAGCAAGACAUCACCAACUAUCGAAACGCUACUUUCGACAAUACACAUGUCAGCUAUGCGGUGUUUAACUGCUUGCUGGAGCAGUUUCCUGAGUUUCGCAAGGCAGAGUUGAGUGCCGCGGCCGUGGUCCUUGGCCUUGCCCCGACGAUCCUCCAAAUGAUAAGCCCAACGCCCGCCGAUACCGCCCUGGUCAGCCUCCGCCGGCCCGUCCUCGCGCUGCUUCUGAGUCUCGCCUCCCCAGCCACUGUCUUCUCCGAGGCUGCGCGGUACGCGGACAACAUCGAAGCCUUGUCGAAGCCUCUCUCGGGGCAAUUUCGAGGUAGUUUCCCAUUCACGACCGGCCGACUGCUCGGUGGCGGCGGCGGUUACGUGACCGGUCUACUGUCAACGGCCCAGUACAUCUUGGCGCUCGCGGCCGUCGUCAACAGCGCCUACCGCACGUACCAGCUGUGUCUUUGGACCGUGUGCUCCUUCUCGCCCAUCACUGUCUUUCUCCCCGCGUUGUGGCACGGAACGGUCGCGCUUCUGCAUCUGGGCGGCUGGAUCGCACAGCGCUUGAACCUGCAGAGCGCAGAAGGCGCUAGAGAUGCGGAGCGAGGGGAUGGACAGGACUGGCGGGGUAUGACGACUGGAUGGGGAAGCAGAAUGAAAUCAUGGCUGAUAAACGAGACAACACCCUCUGCAUUUGCAGAGAAGUUGCCCGUGGAGAAUCGAGCGGCCGGUCCAGCGCCAUUCUUCUCUGCCGUCACGGCAGCGUUAUACGCUGGCGUGCCCGUCCAUAUUUUGUAUGGUACCCUGGUGCUCUCAAGCCUGACUUUCAUCAGCGCCUUCGACUCAAUCUCCGUAGUGGCAUUUUACGCCAUCAGCACAAUAGUGAGCAAAGCAAUUGUGUAUUUCGAGUGCGCCGGUAUUCAAGCUGUUGCAAGCCAGAGUUUAGACACUGCAGCUGAGGGAGAGCAGAUGGGUGGGUAUUCUGCAUUAUAG